GGUCAUACAGACCAUAUCACCGCAAUCGAAUACUCCCCUGACGGCCGCCUCAUUGCGACCGCAUCUCUGGAUAACACGGUGCGUCUCUGGGGUCCCGUGACGGGACAGGCACUCCAGAGGAUCGACAUACCUGGGCAUACAGGAAAAAUCACUGCUAUCGAGUACUCUCCUGACGGCCGACUCAUCGCAACUGCAUCAGAGGAUGCCAGCGUGCGUCUCUGGGAUCCUCAAACGGGCCAACAACUCCAGAUGAUUGAGAUUCUAUGGCCAGCACACUCCCUUGCCUUCUCUCCCUCCGGCCUACACCUCGCUACUAUCUGCGCAGAAGGCACUCCGACGGACGCACCCGUUGGAAAGGUCAUGCUCUGGGAGAUAAAGGAGGAUGGCCAUACAGGGAAAAUCACUGCUAUCGAGUACUCUCCUAACGGCCGACUCAUCGCAACUGCAUCAGAGGAUGCCAGCGUGCGUCUCUGGGAUCCUCAUACGGGCCAACAAGUCCAGAUGAUCGAGACCCACUGGCCAGCACAUUCACUUGCCUUCUCUCCCUCCGGCCUGCAACUCGCUACUAUUUGCGCAGAAGGAACACUAGCAAAUGUCAUGGUAUGGGAGACGGAUGAGGAUGUCUUGCAUGCCUCGCUUAGGGGAAGCGAGGAUAGCGCCGCGAACCCUUGCUUCUCACAAGACGGGAAGUGGCUCAUCCACACCUCCGGCACGAAGCCUAUGUGUGCAUGGGAUACAUCUACAGGAAAACUGGUGUUAGGCCCCCUGAGGUCGAACUUCAGAGGAGAUACGGGGAUUACAGCAGCUGCCUGUUCUCCGGGCAAGGAUCGUAUCGCAUGCACUGGUUCCUCCAACCAUAUACACGUAUGGAAUACUAACACUCAGGAAAUUAAGAGACCGCUGACCACGCGAGCCGUGGUUCACUCUAUAGUGUGGUUCCCUGACGGACAACGGUUCAUCACCAGUAGCAAAGACGACGAUUAUAUCCGCACGUGGGAUGCGCAAACUGGAGAACAAGUCCGAAAGUACUUGUUCCGUGGAGACAAUAUCACCGCAAUCGAAUACUCCCCUGACGGCCGCCUCAUUGCGACCGCAUCUCUGGAUGACACAGUACGUCUCUGGGAUUCCGUCACGGGACAGGCACUCCAGAAGAUCGACAUACCUAGUCGACCCAUGUCCCUUGCAUUUUCCCCCACAAGUAGAAAGCUUGCCACGAUCUGCUACGGUACGACUGAGGGUACGACCGUGUUGGUCUGGGACGUAAGGGAGGACAGAUCAGGGACGACCUUUGUGCAGCACCCAUCCACAGUUCUGGAUGUCGCAUUUUCGCCCGACGGAGACCAGUUCGCGUCCAUCACCACAAACGACGGCAUCCUCGUCUGCAGUACUUCGUCGAUGGAUGUGAUUUCAAAGGUGUCCUAUACAGCGUCCGACCUGGAUGGCGCUAUUCACUCUAUCUCAUUUUCACCUGAUGGUCGA